AUGUUAGAACUCAGAAGUCGAAAAAGAAAGAGUGAACGUUUUCAAUUUUCAUUUGCGGCAAGCAGCGGAAAUCAAAAGCAAAGGUGAAAGGAAGAAGAAGAAGAAGACAUUACUAGAGUGGUGUGGAUCGAAAUCGGAGCGAAGUGCGGAGGAUGCUAGCGAGUCCGAGAGCAACAGCAACAGCAGCAGCAACGUCCCAAGCGCAGGAGUCAUGGGAAUCGAUGCUCCCAGGGCCACCGAGCCGCAACAACUUCGGAUCCGCAGAUCUGAGCCCUUACGGCCUCAUGGCAUUCCCCGCCGGCAGCUGCAUCUCCAUCGUCGACACGCGCUCCAUGCAGCUUCUCUCCUCCUUCCCCAUCCCUCCGCCGCCCUCCUCCGCCGCGCCCUUCGUCACCGCCCUCCGCUGGUCCCCCCUCCCCCUCAGCCGCCACCUCCUCUCCUCCGAGCCCUCCUCCUCGCACCUCCUCCUCGCCGCCGGCGAUCGCCAAGGCCGCAUUGCGCUCCUCGAUUUCCGCCUCAAGUCCGCGCUCCUCUGGUUCGACACCGACUCCAAACAGGGCAUCCAGGACCUCUGUUGGGCCCAGGCCCGGCCCGAUUCCUACCUCCUCGCCGCAAUUAGCGGUCCCUCCACUCUCUCCCUCUUUAACGCCUCCACCGGACGCUGCCUCUGGAAGUACGACGCCUCUCCCGACUACUUCUCCUGCGUCCGCCGCGAUCCCUUCGAUUCGCGCCGCCUCUGCGCCAUCGCGCUCCGAGGCUUCUUCCUCUCCAUCCUCCUCCUCGGCGACACCGAGGACGCCGUCAUUGCCAAGGAGCACCACAUUCGGACCGAUUCCACUGAGUUGGCUAAGCUCGAGAAAGACGCCGCCGCCGCCGGAUCCUCCGCGACGCCCUCGCCUGUGGCCGCGGCCUUUCCUCUCUACCCCGUUAGGCUCGCGUUCUCCCACCAGUGGAGGCACAUUCUGUUCGUCACGUUCCCCCGGGAGUUGGUUGUGUUUGACCUGCAGUACGAGACGGUGGUUUUCUCCACCGCGUUGCCGCGCGGGUGCGGCAAGUUCCUCGACGUGUUGCCUGAUCCGAGUAACGAGUGGGUCUACUGUGCUCAUCUCGAUGGCAAGCUCAGCAUGUGGAAGAGGAAACCUGGGGAACAGGUACACAUUAUGUACUCAUUGGAAGAGUUAAUGCCAUCAGUUGGUACCUCUGUUCCUUCUCCUUCAAUACUCUCUGUCCUUUUAUGCCAAUCAGAUUCCACACUUCAGAACAUUGACAAGAAUUAUUCUGAUGUACCUAGUUCUCCUUACCUUCGCGAGGAUUUUGAUAAUCCUUUUGAUUUUUGUUAUGAGUCUAAUAUCAUUUCUAAGAUACAUUUGAUCUCCAUUUCUGAUGAUGGAAAAAUUUGGAGCUGGCUCUUGACUGCUGAAGGACAUGCAGACACCCAAAAGGAUGAUAAGAAGUUAGAUUUGGUCAGUGAUGACCAUUCAGUAUCACUUCCUGGGGCCAACUCUAACACCUUAGUGUCUUCUUCUGGUGGACGGGAUCUAAAUGUAGGCAGGCGACAGGAGCGUUUAAAUGAUAAUAGAAGCCACCUGCAAAGCUCAAUCUUUGACCAGGAAGAAAUUUCAAUGAAGAUUAGCUUAGUUGGACAGCUUCAGCUUCUUUCUUCCACAGUGACUAUGCUGGCAGUACCAACUCCUUCUCUAACAGCCACCCUGGCACGUGGAGGAAAUUAUCCAGCAGCAGCUGUUCCACUGGUUGCUUUGGGAACACAGAAUGGGACAAUAGAUGUUGUUGAUGUUUCAGCCAAUGCUGUUGCUUCAAGUUUAUCAGUACAUAAUGGUAUUGUUAGGGGACUACGAUGGCUAGGAAAUUCCAGACUGGUUUCAUUUUCUUAUACCCAGGCUAAUGAAAAAUCUGGAGGAUAUAUUAACAAACUAGUUGUUACCUGCCUUCGAAGUGGCCUUAACAAGAUGUUCCGAGUCAUGCAAAAGCCAGAACGUGCACCAAUAAGAGCUUUGAGAACAUCUUCGUCUGGGAGGUAUCUUCUAAUUUUGUUUCGUGAUGCACCUGUGGAAGUUUGGGCAAUGACUAAAAAUCCCAUCAUGCUUAGAUCAUUAGCUCUUCCAUUUACGGUAUUGGAAUGGACUCUCCCAACAGUUCCACGACCUUCUAAAGAUCAAACAUCUGGGGCAUCAGGUGAAGCAUCCAGACUAUCAAAAACCACCUCUUCAGAUUCAACGGAGGCUUCAAGCCCAGAGGGAUCUCAUGAUGACACAUCUGAAAGUUUUGCAUUUGCUUUGGUGAAUGGGGCACUUGGAGUUUUUGAAGUACAUGGUCGUAGAAUUCGAGAUUUCAGACCGAAAUGGCCUUCUUCUUCAUUUGUGUCAUCGGAUGGAUUGAUCACUGCAAUGGCCUACCGCUUGCCUCAUGUGGUCAUGGGAGACAGAAUAGGGAACAUAAGAUGGUGGGAUGUGAUGACUGGACAUUCUUCCUCAUUCAACACUCACAGAGAAGGAAUCCGGCGAAUCAAAUUCUCGCCUUUUGUACCAGGGGACCAGAGCCGAGGGCGUAUUGCUGUUCUGUUUCAUGAUAAUACUUUUUCUGUAUUUGAUUUGGACUCGCCAGACCCCUUAGCCAAUUCACUUUUGCAACCCCAAUUUCCAGGAACCCUUGUAUUGGAACUUGAUUGGUUGCCCUUGCGAACUGAUAAGAAUGAUCCACUGGUACUGUGCAUUGCUGGAGCAGAUAGUAGCUUUCGCCUUGUUGAAGCUAAUGUAAAUGAAAAACGAAAUGGUUCUGGAGUCCAUAUCAGAAAUACAAAGGAGAGAUUCCGGUCAAUGCCCAUAUGUUGUCCCAUACUAUUUCCUUCACCACAUGCCCUGGCGUUGCGCAUGAUUUUACAAUUGGGUGUUAAACCUUCUUGGUUUAAUACCUGUAGUACAACCAUAGAAAAGAGACCUCACUUAAUUCCAGGAGCUCCUAAAUCUACAGGGGAUCUUCGCACAUACAUGAUCAACAUACCACCAGUUGGUGACUCAGUGGUGCCAGAGAUGCUUUUGAAAGUAUUGGAACCAUAUAGAAAAGAAGGUUGCAUUCUUGACGAUGAGAGAGCGAAGUUGUAUGCUAGUAUUGUGGAUAAAGGUUGUGCUGCAAGGUUUGCUUUUGCAGCUACAAUAUUUGGUGAAUCCUCGGAAGCUCUGUUUUGGCUACAGCUACCUCAGGCACUUAAACAUUUGAUGAACAAGUUAUUGAAAAAGCCUCGAAAAGGGCCCCCAGUUGCAACUAUCUCUGCUGUUGAUGAGACAUCUCUACUAUCUAGGAUAUCAUCAAGGGGAAAACCGACAGAAGAAAAAGGGAAAGAUGUAUUGAGUCAAGGUCAACUAAGGUUGAUGGCUUUUGACCAAGAAGAGUUGUGGAAAAGUGCCAGUGAGCGUAUCUCUUGGCAUGCAAAUUUAGAAGGUGAAGAGGCUGUUCAGAAACGUAUACACGAGCUUGUGUCAGUUGGAAACCUAGAAGUUGCAGUUAGUUUAUUGCUUUCUACACCUCCAGAGAGCUCGUACUUCUAUGUCAAUGCUCUUCGUGCAGUUGCUCUCUCUUCUGCUGUUUCAAGGUCUCUUCAUGAACUUGCAGUGAAGGUUGUUGCAGCCAACAUGGUGAGGGCUGACAGAUCACUCUCUGGUACGCAUCUUCUAUGUGCAGUUGGAAGAUAUCAAGAAGCAUGUUCUCAGCUACAAGAUGCUGGGUGCUGGACAGAUGCUGCAACCUUAGCUGCUAGUCACUUAAAGGGAUCAGAUUAUGCAAGAGUGUUGCAAAGAUGGGCUGGACAUGUCUUGCACACUGAACAUAAUAUCUGGAGGGCUCUGAUUUUGUAUGUUGCCGCUGGUGCACUGCAAGAGGCUUUGGCUGCUCUUCGUGAGGCUCAGCUACCUGACACAGCUGCAAUGUUUAUAAUUGCAUGCCGGGAAAUCCAUGAAGACAUAGUUUCUAACCUAUGUAUUUCUGACCAUGAAUCAAGUUCAUCAGUUAAGGAUGAGCUACUAAACUUGCGUGCUUUAGAUCCAAAGAAUGAAGACGUCAUUGCAGUUGAAGAAUAUUUUGGGCAAUAUCAAAGAAAGUUGGUGCACCUAUGCAUGGAUUCGCAGCCAUUCUCUGACUAAGUGUAGGGAUUGAUGAAAUGAAUUCGAUUUUCAUAUUUACAUUCAUGGAAGAACUAUUGGAUUGAUUGAUUCUUGCCAUCACGUUGUAGGCUGAUUGCCGUUCUAGUAUACCCCCUGGUGCCUGCAUUCUUUAAUGUCAAAGGAUUGGAUUUUUUUAUUGCCCAUGUUGUAAAAAAGUGUAUAAUGGAAAACAUUGCAAAAGGGAUGACAUAGAGCGACGUGGAGUCUCGGAGAUAGGCAGAUGCUAGAGUCAGCCCCCUAUGAAACACAUUCUUAUUGAUUGCAGUUAAAAUGGUUUACGUGAACUUCUUAAAGUUGCAAUUACAUGGUAAUUGACCCCUUGUAGCUUAUAUAAAAAUUUUGUAGACAAAUUAUUAAAUUGUAUUUGUAUGCUAUUAAUAGAUAGGACACUGAAACGGUUGCAUCUAUACUUGCUUUCAACGUGAGAACACUGUUAAAUCAAAUGUGUUGAUUAAUUAUAGUA